CAUAACAGAAAACCAGAGGAUCUUCGGGAGCUCUCCACAUCUUUUUAGACAACAGAAUGCUGCGGUACGUUGUUGCCCUCUGUCUCCUGGCUUUGGCCUGGGCACAGGACUGCCAGGUGGCCAACAUCCAGGUCGUGCAGAACUUUGACAAGACAAGGUAUGCAGGGACAUGGUAUGCUGUAGCAAAGAAGGAUCCAGAGGGUUUGUUCUUACUUGAUAACGUCGUGGCCCAGUUUACUAUUGGAGAAGACGGAAAAAUGACAGCCACGGCUAAGGGUAGAGUUAACAUCCUCAACAAUUGGGAAAUGUGCGCUGACAUGAUGGCCACCUUUGAGGAAACUCCUGAUCCUGCCAAGUUCAGGAUGAAGUACUGGGGAGCUGCAUCCUACCUGCAGACUGGAAAUGAUGACCACUGGGUGAUUGACACCGACUACGUCAACUAUGCCAUCCAUUACUCCUGCAGAGUAGUAGACAGUGACGGCACUUGCCUGGACAGCUACUCCUUUAUAUUCUCUCGUAGUCCAACUGGUCUGAGGCCGGAUGACCAGCCAAUUGUCACCGCGAAGAAGGGAGAAAUCUGCCUGCUGGGCAAAUACAGACGUGUUGCACACACUGGCUUCUGUGAUUCUACGAACUGAUGUGUUGACACCCAGAAACUUUUUUUUGUGAAGCACCCACCUCUGGGACAGUGUGUGCCCCCACCCUACCCCUCUGCUUGUCUUGGACUGAGUCCCACCAGAGUCCUCUCUCUCCUCUGCUACCCCUGCUGAUCCUAACAGAGAAAGUAGCUCAUUCUUCCUCUCAAAAAAUAAACUAAAAAUGGCAAACUAUCACCGUCACACUCACAUGACUGAUACUGUAAAUAGAAAAGAAAAGAUGACUGUUGUUUUGUUGUCACUUUCCCAACAUGUCCCCUCCAGAAAAAACAAACAGAUUCUAGACCUUAUAAGAUUAUAAUCUUAACCUUAACAUUUGUCAUGUUGUAUUUUGUAUAGGAACAUCAGAAACCAGUAUGAACUUGCUGGUUUCAGUGAGAAAACUAGACAUAUCAGGUCCUGAAACAACACAAAACCAGGUUCACAAGUCGGACUUUGCUUUACACUGAAGAACAUACAGUAUCUUGUAGCACAAAAAUAGAUGUUAAUAUACCUUAAUACAUACAUAUUAAGUCGUACUAUAUACACAUAAUAGUUUGGUUGUUACUUGAUUGUAUGAUGUAUUCUUGAUCUGAGAUUUUUAAAAUAACACAUUCAUACCAUGUUGGCUGAACAUGACUUUUUGAUUGCCUUGAAAUAUUUAUCUGUAUUAUGGGAUUGCAAAUAAUGAAUUCAUGUUGUUUGCCUUUGGAUUCAGUCAAUCAAAAAUAGAUAAAAAUCCAAGGAUAUACAGAA